UUCUUAUCCUGGUGUAGCUUGUGCGCCAGUUUUUAUAUAACCAACCAACCAACCAAAACAAAAAACCAAAAAAAAAUGGGAGGAAUACUGUCAAGCCUGCUUGGAGGACCAGCGGCAGCCGAAGCAGCGUCGUCGUCGGAGCCGUCGCAAGUGCGGUCGUUCCACUCGUCGGAGAGGUGGCAGCUACACUUCAAUGAAGUCAAAGAAUCCAACAAACUGGUGGUGAUCGAUUUCUCAGCGACAUGGUGUGGACCCUGCAAGCUAAUGGAGCCGAUCUUCAACGCCUUGUCUUCCAAGUUCACCGACGUUGACUUCGUUAAGAUUGAUGUCGACGAGUUAUCCAAAGUAGCACAGGAAUUUGGGGUUCAGGCGAUGCCGACGUUCGUGCUGGUGAAGAAAGGGAAAGAAGUGGAUAGGCUGAUUGGAGCCAAGAAAGAAGAGCUCGAAAAGAAGAUUGAGAAACACCGUCCCACUGCUUGAAUUCAAUCCACACACCUCCAUUGCCUUAUUGUCCUGCUUCAACCCUAGUGUAAUUUGUGUUUCUUCUUCUUCUUCUUCCAUUACUUUGGUUUGGGGGGGGGGGGGGGGGGUGUGAACUAAUGUUUGUUUGGAAGUUUAAUGUUUGCUUGGAAAUUUGGAUUUUUAUGAAUUGUUGCUUGUAACUGCAUGAGAGUGUUGCUUCUUUAAUUUGUUUUAUUUAGAUCUAUUUUGUUAUCAGUCUUAUGGAGUACCUUGUUAAAACUACAGCCUGAAGCUACAUAUGAUGUCUUGCAUGUAUAUAUGAUCAAGUUAUAUUA